UAGCUGUCAAAGUAUUUGUUUAUCAAAUUUGCAUUUCUUUGCGCUUUGUGAAAAAAGGGAAGAAAUACACAAAUUGUGUAAAAAUUUUAAAUAAUUAUAAAGAGAAAUAUUGAAAAAUAUAAGUGAAUAUUUGUAAAAAGUUGAAUUUUCACACAGAAUAACUAAAGUAAACACGUGUUUUCUACAGGUGGCGAUAAAGGUGCCGUUAUUAAGUCACCCGUAGACAGGAAUCCGUGUUGAGGAGCUCGUGGUUUUGGUAAAAUAUAUCCAAAGUGUUUUUGUAUAAUUCCUGCUAAACAGAAAAGAUUUUUACUACUUUUUUACUAAGUAGUAGGCAGUUUAUCAAUCUCCCUUCGAAGGCGUCUCCAGUUGCCGGUUAGGUUUUGGCUAUAUUAUCAAUCAUAAAGUAUUGUGCUACCCGGAUUAAAUAUGGAUCAAAUGGCUUCAUCUUUUGGACAUACAGGUUCCGGCGACAGAGAAAAUAAUAGUUAUGCUGAAACUUUAAGAAAACGCUAUAUAAAAGCCAAGGAGUUAUUGCACAAAAUAAAGCAAAAUGCUCGUUAUCGCAAGCGUCCUAUAUACGAUAAAAAAGAUCGGGAGAGAUGUGAAAAAACCAUUAAGGAGUAUCGUGAGUAUAUAAUAAACGAACAAAAAUUAAAAUUUGCAGAAGCUAGGAGAGAAAGGGAGGCUCAGAAAAGGCAAGAGUAUAGAGAAUCAAGUUAUACACAACAGAUGGGAGGGAAUAGAAAAAAGUCCGAAAUAAGAACGUCCUCAAAUUCUGGCAGAAAUGAGCUUUGUAUGGCUUUGGUUAAUGAAAAGCUAGGAAACCGACAACCGGUUCCGGCGUCCCAAUGGCCAAUGAUAGAAACGCGUAUAAGUGAUAUUCUAUUUAAAUAUCUUUUAAAUAAUAAAAAUGGUCCAAUACCACGUUACGAUUCGGGUGAAAUAUAUCGUGGUUACUAUUUGUUACAGUGUCAGGAUAAGUUCUCCAAGGAGUUUCUCUGCAACUGUAUGGCACAGGUUAAAGAUGUCUUUGAGGGUUUAAGCUUAAAUGUUAUAGAAAUAGAUGAAAUACAAAAUUCUAAUGAACAUUCCUUAAACACUACAAAUGACUGUGGUAAAGAAUCAUCAGGAAAUGGUGCUAUUGAGGAAUACAGACGUUAUUUAACUUCUAUGGAUCGUCUGAAAUUUUAUGCUGGAUUGGGUCAGUUAACACGCAACGAACGUAAAAGUCUAAAAAGAAUUAAACGUUUCAUUAGGGAGUAUGAAGAACGUAAUAAUCUGCCACGUACGCCAAUGGAUAACAUUGGAAAUGGUCAACCACAAAAUGUUCAAGGCUUUCAAUUAUCUGUUAAUUAUGGUGACUCUAACAGCUCUUGUGGUUUAAGGCAGCAAAUGGAAGAUUUUUCUCAAGGUUCCUGGGGCCAUCGAUCAUCUAGCAAUCAAUUCCCUAAUGAUGAACAAAAUUCUCAAAAUUGGGGUGCUUGGAACUCGGGACAAAUGCAGCCUGAAAGUUUUCCACAAACGGGCGGUAAUUCCUCAAACUUUAAGGGUGAAUUUCCUUUUAAUUCCGAAAAUAACUAUAACACGCAAAUGGAACCAAAUUGGAGGCCAGAUAACUCUUGGAAUUGUACAACAGCAGAAUCUUUCACUGAUAGAAAUAACUUUGAGUUUAGGGGCGAACAAAGAUCAAAUAGUUCUUGGAACUUUGAGGAUACACAGGCAAAUGAUUACCAAGAAAUAAGAGGAGAUAGACAAGACUUUGACUUUAAUGGAAGAAGAAACUUUGAUUUAGAAUCAAAUCAAUAUAAUCGCCCUGAAAUGAGAGGAAAUAAUCAAGGAAUAGAAACUUGCAAGACAGCUAACAAUAACUAUGAAACAGAACAAAUGAAACAGGCAAAUGAUUACCAAGAAAUGAGAGGAAAUAGACAAGACUUUGACUUUAAUGGAAGAAGAUACUUUGAUUCAGAAUCAAAUCAAUAUAAUCGCCCUGAAAUGAGAGGAAAUAAUCAAGGAAUAGAAACUUCCAUGGCAGCUAAUAAUAACUAUGAAACAGAACAAUCAUGGAGACAAAAUCAAAUGGCAAAUACUGCCUGGAAAUAUGAUGAGCCAAAGGGAGCAAACUACACUUCCCCUAAUACCCAAUUUAUGACAACACACUUCAAUCAGGAAUCCCAAAAUUCUUCUCAACAAUUAACAUCUUUCGCAGCAAGUUCUAGCAGAAAUGUGACGGCUUGGAAUAACACUAAUCCAGCUGAAAGAACACAAAUGAUUAAUCAGGUUGAACCAUCUAAAAUCCAAUUGGAAAAACAACUUUUUGAAUUGUUAAAUGCACUGGGUGCAAACAAACCACCAGUUUCCCAAACUCAACUACAAAAUGCCAGAGAUAGCCACUCUCAAAAUUUAGGAAAACGUAAAUCUGAUUUAAAAGCAACCGAAGUCAUAACCUUAUCGGAUGAUAGCGAUCACGAGGAGAAGGUGGAGAAAAAAGCCGAAAUGGAAUAUUAUAAAGCUUUGGCACACUUGAGAAAAUUAGAAGGUCGUGCCAGCGAAAAUUUAAGCGAACAAGAGAAAUUCUUUAAAGAAACCAGUGAAUUUAUUGUCAAACAAUAUGAAACCAAAUUUUGCUCUAAGACAAAGCAAACUAACAACAACCAGUCGCAGGAGAAACCAAAUGAAAGCCAACACAACAAAAAAACAAGAUGGAACUCAUCCACAAACAAUAACUAUGCCGAGCCGCAGACAUCAGAUAGUUCUAACCAACUCAUUAGCUAUCCAAAUCCGGCUCUUUGGAAGCUCUCGACAAACUCCAACCUUCCUCAUGUUAACAACAAUUCACAACUACAAAUUGCCAUAAUCGAUCGUAAUGAAACGGAUCUAAAAUUAAACAAACGUUUGUGGUCCCAACUGGAAGGAGAUCUUUUUAAAGCUUUACGCUAUGAAGUAGAAAAGACAAACAAUAACAAUAUAAGACAAUUUGAUGCUAAACAAUGGAAGAAUGGCUUUAAAAUAGUAAAAUGUGAAAAUAUACAAGCUUUAGAUUUCAUCAAAAGGUUUAUUAUCAAACAAAAGCUUUUAAAUCCACGGCAGCAAUAUGAUUUUAUACCUGUAAGUGAGCUGCCCAAACAACCCGUUGUUAGAGUUUGGAUACCGCCACCAAAUGCAGAUGAUAUGUCAAUACUAAAGAUUUUAAAGGAUGAUAAUCAAGCAUUACAUUCCAGAAGCUGGACUCUGAAAUAUAGUCGUAAAAGACCCCAUAAUAAUGGCAAAGAUUUAUAUAUUUACAUUUCGACUCUAGCUGUGGAAAAGUUGAGCUCUUGUCAAGGCGAAAUACGUUAUGGUAAUAAACGUUUGAAAAUGGAGCUGUUAGAUGAGUAGAAAUAGGAUGUUUAAGGAGAGAAACGAGAAGGUUUUUUUUUAAAGAAAUUCCUAAAAACUUUGUAAACAUAUAACUGAAGAAAAUAAACCUCGAAAAGUCUUAAAAAAUAAGGCAAAUUUCAAAGUAGGCAAAGCUUUUCCUUUUUUAAAGCUUAAAAUUUAUUUAAUCUUAUUCUUUUCUUUUAGUUUUAAUAUGAUCCUAUGAAUUAACUAAAUAAAAAACUUAAAAGCUGGAAUUUUUGACA